AUGGACUUGAUAAUAACAAGUGGAUGGCUGAAGAAAUGGGGAUCAAGGGACAUGGAUGAGAAGGAACGUAAUCUAUUAGAUAGGUCAUGUAGUGGAUCAGGAUACCAGUCAUCACUACCAUCACUUGAGAGAGUUGGAAGUCUGAAACAACGUUGGUUCAUACUUCAAACUGACUUUCUAUCAUACUUUGAUAGACAACCUAAAGAUGUAAACGAUAUGACAUGUAUGAAGGGACAGAUAUUCUUACGUGGAUGUAAACUAAAGCAUGGUGGAAUCAUCACGCCGAUAUAUCAACAUUGGUCAAUUGGAAUGGCACCACCAAAUAAUAAGACUUGGAAGGAUGUGGAGACGGGCGAUGUUGAUAUAGACUCGAUUGCACUGGUCACGCCGAAUGGCGUAGAGUUCACAUUCAUGAGCUGCAUCGUCGGUAGCAAGAGCGAUAUGUUGAAGGACUUGGAGAACUGGGCCUACUCACUCAGCUACGCCAUACAUCUGGCCGACAAGGUCAAGGAGGAUCCAGUCAUGGGCUGGUUGCUGAAGCGUGGCGAGAAGGGCCACUACUUCAAGAACACCAAGCGAAGAUGGUGCCAACUACAGGGCAACAAACUGCGCUACUUCACUGCGCCACCACACAACAACAAGAUCACCACGCUCAAGGGCAUCAUUGAUCUGACGCAUCUGUCAGAGAUGAGCGACAAGAUGCUGACACAGAUUCGAGGCCGCACUGUCACGGUGCUUGGCGAUCCAGGCUGGAGCAACGAUGACUCAGACUGCUUUGGCUCGGGCGACGAGGGCCCCAUCGAGGAGGUCAAGCAGGUCAACGGCAUCAGUCUGCUGAUUGACAAUGAACGCGAGUUUGUCCUGCUGUUCGACUCGCAGGAGGACCGUCUCAAGUGGCUCAGCUCCAUUACCAACGCCGUCGAGCGUACAUACACGGCACAGAACGUGGCCAUCAGCACGUCGAGUGUGACACAUCAGCCCGACAAGCAGGCCAUCCUCACGGGUUGGCUGAGGAAGACCAGAGUGAACAAGUGGUGGGAGCGACGCUAUUGCACUCUGACCCCAACAUCAUUGAUCUACUACAAGGAGGACCCACCACAGAAGCCUCUGGGCUCGAUAUACUUGCUCGUGUCAUCGUGUCGCGUCAUCAAACAACGCAGUCUGGACGGACUAGACUGGUGCUUCAGUCUUGCAGACGCUCGUGGACUCGAGUACUUCUUCAACACCGAGACCAAGGAUCAGAUGGAACGCUGGAUUGCCGAGUUAAAGUUGGCGCGCAAGAGAAUGAUCAUCACACUUCUGGAUCAAGGUGGCAAAGUUGUCAUCCCAAUCACAAUUGGCAAAGACUGUGCACUGAUCACCAUCCAAGUCAAAGAGGUCAUUAGAAUCAACUCACUCUCGAACAAGAUUGCAUGCGAGAUACCUGUACCAAAUAUAAAGACAGUGACAGUUCUGGAGGAGAACAAGUUGGAGAUUGUCUUCACGCCUAUUGAUGGUGAGACGCCCGAGCGUCGACUGGAGAUCAUAUCAUCCAAUCCACAUGGAGUGCUACAAUUGUUCAAAGACCUGUUCUCAUCACAGGAGAAUACCAUCAAUUGA